CCGCCUUCGCGCCUUCGCCUCUAGGAUCCCCUCGCAGCUGCUCAUGGCGUCUUUUGCGCUCCUCAUUACUUCUCUUUUGGUCGUCUGGACAGUUCUCUCUAGAGAGCCUCCAGUCGUGCACGCUCUUGACAGCGGCGUUGCCAAGUUGCCAGUGCUCGGAUACAACACAUGGAACGCCUACCAUUGUGACAUCAACGAGACCGUGGUCCUGCAAGCCGCGCAGCUCAUGGUCUCCCUCGGCCUCGCCGAUGUGGGCUACAAGCACGUCAACAUCGACGACUGCUACGCCGAGAAGAACCGGAGCGCCUCCGGGGACAUCGUCGCAGACAAGGAACGCUUCGCGGCGGGCAUGAACGACCUCACCGACAAGAUCCACGCUAUGGGACUGAAGGCUGGCAUCUACAGCGACUCGGGCUGGUUCACGUGCCAGCUGUACCCUGGGUCGUACCAGAACGAGGCGAGAGACGCGAAGCUCUUCCAGGACUGGGGCUUCGACUACCUGAAGUUCGACAACUGCGCCGUCCCGUACGACGCGAUCAUCCGCGAAGGCAUCGUCGGCAAGUACAAGCGCAUGGCGGACGCGAUCGCCGAUCUCGCUAAGAGCUCCGGGAAGCCGCCGCUCAUCUUCUCCCUCUGCGAGUGGGGCGAGGAACAGCCGUGGCUGUGGGCGCGGCGGUUUGGGCAGAGUUGGCGGACGACGGGCGAUAUCAGCCCGGACUGGGGCUCGAUCGCGAGCAUCAUCAACCAGAACUCGUUCAUCGCGUGGGCGUCCGACUUUUACGGGCAUAAUGACAUGGAUAUCCUCGAAAUCGGGAACGGCGGGCUGACGCACGACGAGGCGAAGACGCAUUUCACGGCGUGGGCGCUCAUGAAGUCGCCGCUGCUUAUUGGGACGGACCUCUCGACGAUCAGCGACGCGGACCUCGCGAUCCUCAAGAACACGGAGCUGCUCGCGCUCAGCCAGGACCCCGUCGUCGGGACUGGGGUCGCGCCGUUCCGCUGGGGGAUCAACCCGGACUGGGUGAGCAACAGCACGCACCCCGCGCAGUUCUGGAGCGGCGAGUCGCAGAACGGGACCGUCUUCAUGCUCAUCAACACGCUGGACGAGCCCGCGGACCUGUUCUUCAGCCUCACGGAGUCGCCGUGGAUCCGCGCCGGGCGCCAGUAUGCUGUUCGCGACCUCUGGACGCACACGGCCAACGGCACCGCCGUGCGCAACUUCACCGCGCGCGGUGUCCCGCCGCACGGCGUCGCCGCGCUGCUGCUGACCGACGCGGGCGACGAGCCGCCGGACGUGGGCCCGCCGUGUGCGCGCAGGGAGUGGUGUAUUGACAGGAAUGGGACGUUGGCGCCGGGGGCGUGAGGUGUGAGUGGGGUGGGGGUGUGGGGUGGAGUGACCGGUGGCUUGUGGCUGUUCUUGUGGUUUGUACGGAUACUUGUAACAUAACGUGUCGCAUGCGCGAUUUGCUGCUGUUCGG